GCAAGCGGCGACCAUCGCAACAAACGGCGAACCGCACCACCUCGCUUCGUGUCGUUCUUCGUCACGUUCGCGUCUCUCUCCAGAGCCAACCGUGCACACGUACGGCUCUCUGCUCGCGGCACGAACGCGAGGCAUGCGAGGAAACACGUCGAACGCUCACGUCGUGAGAGGGUGUGCAACCGAUUAGUACGGACGUGCGGAGAGAGUUUCGGAGCGGCGAGUGAGUGAAUUCGCGGGGUGAGUUCGUCGAGGAGGAUCGUGUUCGAGGAACGGAGCGCGGACAACGGAGCGAGACGCGAGAGAGGAUUGAUAAGAAGGGAAGAGGAAACAGGUUGAUCCCCCCUUCCCCGCCAACACCCCCCGGUGUGUCGGAUACGCGUUUUCAAUAGAGGAGAUACUGUCGUGGUGGGUGACGAGUAAUCGGCGAGAACGGCUGCCAGCAGCAUGCUAGCCGACUGGUGUUCGCACCAUUUUGUGUUCGCGUGAUCCGGUCCGUCGGUGAUGAACAAACUGGAUGACACUCGUGCUCGUGACGGCGAGAACGAGUCGACGAACGAAGUUUGAAGUAGUACACGAGUACACGAGUUUACGUACGUACAUACGUGUCGAGUUUAUCGGCGACCGAGCGUGAACGGAGCGGCGAGAGAGUGUCGAGAGAGAGAGAGAGAGAGAGAGAGAGAGAGAGAGAAAGAGAGAGAGAGAGAGAGAACCGCCGCACGAGGAUCCGCCAGAAGGAGAAGAAGAGCGAAGAGAGUUUACGUGCGACGGGAAAAGCGGAGGUUUCGAACGGAUCGCAUGAGAAAAGGUCCCACGACCUUUGGGAAAUAAGGCGAAGAAGGGCGAAGAUUUCGCAGCACGCAGUCAAAGAAGCAAGUAUAUCGCACAGAGAAAAAACACACGUAAAACACACCGUAUUUUAUUAUACCGCAACAAUACACUGGGUAAUGUUCCGCAACUGCACCUUUGUCCGAUAAUUUUCUUUCUUCUAAAUGUCUCUCUCUCUCUUUAUAUAUAUAUAUAUUCAUAUAUUACAUAUAUUAUUUAAAUAUAUAAAUAUAUACAUGUAUGUAUGCAUAUGUAUAUGUAUACUUAUCUUUGUAUAUCGUAUAUAUAUAUAUAUUCUCUCUCUGUUCACACGCUCCGCCUGUGUUGUGUCACACUCUACCAUUGUAUGAUCGAUGUGCGUACUUAUGUUCGUCUCCUUCGAUGUUUCCGACGUCAUCGACGAUCAGCUGUGUCGUCCACCGCCUUAAUUAAUCCUCUUCCUGCCGCCGCACCCUCCCCCCCUCCCCCUCCCCCGAAAACCAGGGAGCACGGUUUUGCACAUUUUUCGGGCACCUGUUGAUCUCUCUCGUGCUACACAGCCACUUUUCCGCACUCUAAAGUCGUUCGGCGAGUCGUUCGAUGUCACGCCCGCUGCACGCCGUGUGUCACACCGCACCGUAGAAAUUUCGCCUAUAAUGUUAUAAUUAACGCCUCGCACCGGCGCACCAGCACCCCUCCCGAAAAAUUCAAGCUGUUCGACGGAGACUAGUUCGGCGAACUGUAAGUGUCCUGUAUAACCUAAAAGAAAAAAAAAGAAAAAAAAAAAAGAAACAUCCAGUAGACAAUCUGCAAAAGCAGCCGAAGAACCAGCGUGGUCCUUCACGUCGAGGAAUCGGCAGAGAAAGAGAGAGAGAGAGAGAGAGAGAGAGAGAGAGAGAGAGAAAGAGAGAAGCGGAGAACGAAGAAAGCAGUAUGCCGCAAUAGAGACGGUGGAAAGAAAGAUGGCGACGCAGGUAACCGAAGGGCGAGAGGACACAAGGGGUAAGAGCGGGAGGACCAGGAGAAAGACAGUCCGAUCAGGAGCACGUAACCAAUCGUGGCCGAUCGAUCGGGUUUCGUUGUUGCCCGCACUUGUCGAGCACCUUAAUAAGCACCCAUGACCAGCACCAGCACCAUUCAUCACUGGCACCACAUCACUCUUCUUCAGACACGCUCUCGGCUAUCGACGCGGAUAUUCCCUCGGAGAACCCCACCGAGAGCAUUGAACACUGAGCGGAACGAGACACGUGACUGUGGUCACGGGGUGCAACGAUUGCGAGGAUCGAGUCGAGAAGAAAAAGAAAGAGAGACAGAAACAGAGAAAGAGAGAUAGAUAGAGAGAGAGACAGAGAGAGAGAGAGAGAGAAUCGUUGUUUGUCUCGCAUAUCGCACCGAGCACGAAUCGGGCGAGUCGAUUUCGAAGGUUCUUCAAGGACGAUGAUGACGAGGAGGAGGAGGAGAGAAGGAGCCAAGUAGAAGACAGAGUAAAAGUAGUUGAACGUUUAAGGAACACGUUUAAGAAACGUUUCGUUUCCCAUGUAACGGAAGCCUACACGGUUAUCGAUUAAUCGCCGGUCAUCGCUCAUCGCCCGCGUUUUCUUCCCGUCGAGUCGCGCCCUACAGAGUCGCUUCCUCUCCCCAAGUCGCGGCACAGCUAACGAAAAGUCGGCCUAAAAAGAAGAAGAAGAAAAAAAGCUCCUCAGCGUCGUGCCUUUCGACUGGCAAGCGAGAAAUCGAAACGUGUGGUACGCGUGUCGUUACGACAUUAGAAAAGAAAGCAAGAGAAAGAGAGAGAGAAAGAGAGAGAGAGAGAGACGAAGCAAAGUCGGUAAAAGACUGUACGAAGAAUCGAUCGAAGAAGAAAGAAGAGUAAAAGAGUGAAAGAGAGAGAAAAACAGAGAGAAAGAGAGGAAAAGGAACGAAAAUAAAAGAGACUCUUUGGUGUACUCUUGAAUCGAUUGGAAAGCCGGCCCCGGUUAAAUCCGGUGAGAAGAAGCGACAUAUAUGAUGGCGGUGUGUAUGUUCUGGCUGCUCACGUACGUGGGACAAGGAUUGGACCUGGCGGUGGGUAAUCGUCCGGUGAUCAUCAUGCAGGGUGCACAGGAGCAGGACUACCGGCACGGCAGCGGGAUCAGAAAGAAGAGCGAGCUAAACUCGGUUGGCAAUAACCUGUUGCACUUCAGGAUAUAUCCUCCGGAGGCUUCUCACCGAGACGACCUGUCCAAUUGGCUGCUACUGAACGACGAGCCGCGGAUCUCUUCGUGGACGCCGGCCGGCAUAUUGAUCGACGAUAUGAUCAGAGAGCCCCGGGAACUGCAGACGGUGUUCUUCGCCCUGUCGCCGGCCAUGCUGAACACGCUCUACUCCGAGUACGUGAACACCGCAGCCACGCAGCCGGCCGAACAGUUUUUCCACGCGGAGGAGAACAAACCACUGCAACAGCAGCAAGGGCCGCUGAUAGGCGGCGGGCCUCUCGGCAGUCUACGCAACAAGAAGCUGCGUGUCGACUGUAGACACUCGAGGAACACGGUCAGCCUGCCGAUAAGAGUGUGCGACGACAAGGCAACGACCGGACGCAAGAGCCUCCAAGAAACCAGACAAUCCAACUACGACGAUCUCUUCGAGCAGAAGAUGAACGCAGCUGCGGCUGCUGCGGCUGCUGCGGCUGCUGCUGCUGCGAACGUGAAGACUGACGCGACGAUCUCGCGAGGGCCGGAGAAGCCGAGGGUGGCUUCCUCGUCGGAUUAUCAGAGCGCCGCGUUCGUGUCGAGGCCGCCGUUCGGCCUGGACGCGAUCAAACCACCUGGAAAGAGGAGCCAAACGCCUCCUCCUGGAGUCGGACGCCGCUCCAUCGACCUAGGAGGAGGAGGAGGAGGAGGAGGAGGAGGAGGAGGAGGAGAGUCCAGCCCGCAUCAAGCUCAACCGCUGUCCUCCCUCGGGAACGGCAUCAGCGUCGCUUCUCAACUCAUGCUCAGAUCCACCAGGGGAAGCAUACAGUACGACGUGCCGCAAAUCGAGUGUCCAAUCUCGGAAGACGGGAUGGAAAGGUUCGCGUGUCCCACGGCGGACAGAAUGGGUAGAUACCAUUGCAUCGACGAUCACGCCUUGUGCGACGGUUUCAUAGACUGCCCUACAGGCGAAGACGAGGACAGGCAAGCCUGCAUGUUUUACAAAACUACGAAAGCUCACCUUGACGUAUUGGCAGAUGCCAUUUUGCGAUGGGCAAGAGGACGCUAAUUCCUUUGUUGACGAUGAACCUCUGACCUAUGCAUAAAAUCAUAAGUCUGACGAGUUUACUUCUUUAUACAUUCACC